AUGUCACAGACCAAAAGAUUCUAGGAAUAGAAAGUAAUGGAGACUCCAGGUCCUGGGGCUUAUGAAUCUGCAUCCCAAAAGAAAAUUGCAUAACAACAAUACACAUCCCAAAAUUAUAUCGACAAUCUAAUGAAACUAAAUAAAUAUUAAUCCAUACCAUCGAUUCCAACAUCAAGUCAAGUAUAUGGUUACACUGAUAAAGGACCCCAUGAUUUAGAACUUAACAAGAGUCCAAAUCCAAUAUUUACAGGAUUGAAAUCAGAUACUGUUGGGCCAGGAUAAUAUUAAUUAAAGGACACUUUUGAUAAUAAUAAGAAUAAAGGCCCUUCUUGGCAUAAAUCCAGAGUUCCCAAAUUGGCUCCACCUUCAAGGGAACUGAUAGUUGGACCUGGAGCCUAUGAUCAUGAAAAUUCUAUCAUUCCUCUGUAUAAAUUGAAUCCUUCAGGCAAUUUUCUCUCAAAAUCUCAAAGAAUGUUUGAUUAAUAAAAAGGACAGAAAACAAGAGAAUUUAUGAGAGCAUAGUUUGAAAAUUAGAAGAAAAAACUGAUGUAAAAUCCUGUAUUUGCAGAUAUUGAAGAUGAAGAUGUUGAAUUUUAUGAUAUGUAGAAUGCAACCCCAGGACCAGGAUACUAUAUAGGAAAUUAAACAACGUUUUCUACUGCUUCUACUUACUCAUAGUCAAUGCCAAAAGCUUAAAGUGGGUUUGGUUCAAAACAGAAAAGAUUCAAUGAAAUAUAAUAAUAAAGACAGAUCUAGAUGGGACCAGGUGAUUACAGAAUAGAAACAAAUCUGGUCAAGAAUAAUAUGGCAAUGAAAAAUAUUCCAUUCUUAUCUUCCAAUACACGAUUUGAAAGUAGGGCAUUGGAAAAGAAACCAGGACCUCAAAGUUAUAACCCUAAAAUUACACUAGAAGAUAAAUUAAUUAAGAAAUUGGAAAGAGCACCAGUAGGAAAGUUUGGAUCGAAUUAACCACGAUUCGAUGAUCCUGAAAAUGAAUAACCUGGACCUGGAACUUAUGAACCUAAUUUUUAAGAUCCUGCUAAAAGUGCUGCUUGUGUUUUCAAAUCUUAGACUAAAAGAAGCGUUAUUGGUGGUAAAGAUAAUAUGCCUGCCCCUGGAGCUUAUGAUGUGAAAAAUUACACAAUUGAAAAUACUACAAAAGUAGAAAAGGAGGAAGAUAAGGAUCUUAUUAUCAAUAAACCAGGAUUUGGAUCUUCCUUACCAAGAUUUUAGGAAAAACCGAAAAAAGGUAUAGAUGAGGAAGACGAAGAAGAAGAUGUGCAAUUAAAACAUAAUGCUUCUGAUUUAUUUCAGAAAAAGAAGAAAGAACAUCCAGCGUUCAAUUGUUAGGAAAAUAGAUUCUAAUACGAAUAGAAAAAGAAUAAUCUUCCUGGACCUGGAGAAUAUUUCGAUUAAAAAUAGAAUCCCUGGGAUAAAAAGACAUUUAAUAUUUUAUUUUCAGAGAUUUGA